GAAAAAUAAAUAACAGCGAAUAAUUCAAAAUAUUAUCAAUAAAAACAUGACAUGAUUUUUCUUCUGAAUUGAAUAAUGAAUUAGUUUUAUUGACCGGUUAACACUACAUACGCCUAACUAAAAUAUUGAUAGAACUAAAAAAACAACCAAUCAGAAAUCAAUGGAUUUACCACAAAAUAUAAGGAAAUUAGAUGAGGCAGUAAUUAACAGAAUUGCUGCCGGAGAAAUUAUCCAAAGACCUGCCAAUGCCUUGAAGGAAUUAAUUGAAAAUAGUUUAGAUGCCAAAUCAACUAAUAUUCAAAUAACUGUUAAGAAUGGGGGUCUCAAAUUGUUGCAGAUUCAGGAUAAUGGAACAGGUAUUAGGAAAGAUAAUUUUGAAAUAGUUUGUGAGCGUUUCACAACUUCCAAGCUGGAAAAAUUUGAGGAUCUUUCUUCUAUUGCUACUUACGGCUUUCGAGGAGAAGCCUUAGCUAGUAUAAGUCAUAUCGCUCACCUAAGUAUUACUUCAAAAACUUCUAAUGAAGUUUGUGCAUAUACCGCCUCCUAUGUUGAUGGCAAAAUUCAAGAAAAUCCAAAGCCAGUGGCUGGCAAUCAAGGGACCAUAAUAACAGUGGAAGAUUUAUUUUAUAAUAUGAUUGUUCGGAAGAAAGCAUUAAGGAGUCCUGCAGAGGAAUACCAAAAAAUAUCUGAGGUUGUUAGUAAAUAUGCAAUACAUAAUGCUAAAGUUAGUUUUUCUCUGAAAAAAUCAGGAGAAAAUAAUGAUAUUCGUACUCCUCCAAAUUCUAAUACUGUUGAAAAUAUAAGAAUUAUCUACGGAAAUUCAAUUGCAAGGGAGUUAAUAGACUUUUCCUUAGAAAAUGAACCUCUCAGUUUCAAAGCAAAAGGCUUUGUCACAAAUGUGAAUUAUUCCAGUAAAAAAAUUAUAUUUCUCCUGUUCAUAAAUCAUAGACUGGUAGAUUGUCAAAGUUUGAGAAAGUGCAUAGAUCAAGUUUACACAACUUAUUUGCCAAAAAACUCACACCCAUUUGUAUAUAUGAGUCUAGAAAUCAACCCAACUUAUGUUGAUGUUAAUGUUCACCCAACAAAACAUGAAGUUCACUUCUUAAACGAGGAUCAAGUGAUUGAAGCUGUAGUAACAGCUUUGGAAAGCAAACUUUUAGGUUCCAAUAAUUCUAGAGUGUUUUACACACAGGCCAAACUUCCAGGCGUUCAAGUGGAGCCAGUUUUAUUGAAAGACAAAGAAAAAUCUCAGAAUGAAAAAUUGCAUAAAACGAUUAAUCCAAAAGAUUUAGUUCGGACAGAUGCAAAAGAGCAAAAACUGGAUAAAUUCUUUGGUAGUCCUGUAAUCAAAACAAACGAGGAGAAAUCAUCUAAAAAGGAACAAAAUAUUUCUCUUACAGAGGAACAGUAUGAGAUGGAACAUGAAAAUUUCAUCAAAGCAGGGGAAGAAUUCGAAAAUAAGGUUUUGAACAAGACUGUUCAGAGUCAAGAAGAGAAAUGUGAUUCAUUGAAGAGUACAGAAAAUAAAAAAAUUUUGACUUCUAUAUCUAAGAUAAGCAGGUGUGCAACUGAACUCACCAGUGUAUUAGAAUUACGGAAAUCCAUAGAGGAAAACUGUCACAAAUCGUUGAGAGAAACAUUUGCCCAACAUGUUUUCGUUGGAGUGGUGGAUCCAAACAGAGCUCUCUUGCAACACAAUACCAAAUUGUACCUGUGUGAUACCAAAAAAAUCUUAAGGGAGCUAUUGUAUCAGUUCGUCAUUUACAAUUUUCAGAACCUUGGCAGUAUCAAUCUCUCUGAAAAAAUCUCAAUCCAAGAGCUGGCUCUCAUAGCCCUGGAUCUGCCAGAAACAAAUUGGACCCCUGAAGACGGGCCAAAAGAAGAAUUGGCUCAGAGGGUUGCGGAGAUAUUGAUAGAUCAUAGUGAGAUGUUAGGGGACUACUUUUCAAUGGAAAUUGAUAAAAGUGGUAAUCUGUGCUCUGUGCCAUUGCUUCUAGAUAAUUAUUUUCCCAGUAUGACCGAUCUCCCGAUGUAUAUAAUUCGCCUUGCAACAGAAGUCAAUUGGGAUUCAGAAAAGGAUUGUUUCGAUACAUUCGCUAGAGAAACCGCAAGAUACUAUGCCAUAAUAACAUUAGAUACGAAAUUCGAGUCUAACGAUUGGCAGUGGGUUGUUCAACAAGUGGUUUAUCCAGCCAUCAAAGAUUUUUUUAUUCCUCCUAAAGAAUUCACAGAAAAUGCUGCAAUUUUAGAAAUUGCUAAUUUGCCCAGCCUGUACAAAGUCUUUGAGAGAUGUUGAAUAUGUUUCAAUCCAUUAAUUGGAUAUCAAAUGUUACAUUCAGAAUAAUAUAUAGUUUAUUAUUUUCUAUUUGGAUCAGAUAUACCAGUUUGCCGGUAGGUCUAGGUCUAGGUGUUGAUACACCUGUUUGUUAGAUACAUUUUUUUUAAUGCAACUCAUUGAAUUGGAAAAACAUGUAGAUUUAUUAAAACUGAUUAAAAUGAAGAACAAAAUAAGAAAACCUAUAGAAAACUCUUCU